GAGCAAUUAAAAUUUACUCAAAACGAGUCAAUUCAAAAUUUCUAAAGAGAAAUCGCUGCAUCCAAAUGUUAUAUUGUAAAAAUGAUGAAUUUUGCCUCAAUCAAAUUUAAUCCGCUAAAAUUCUCCAUCCAAAUAAACUCUAAAUAAGAGCACUACCAUCCAACCAUGUUAUUUUGCUGCCGACGAACCCUUCUUCUCUCUUUCUUUUUCUCCUUUGGCCUUUUUUUCGCCUUUUUGGGUUUUACACUUUACAUCAUCAUGUAACAUAUGUGCUAGUUGACGCAACAUGCACAGAAGAGAGUUUGGUAUUUCGCAGCUAGCUUUCAUAUAUGUACAAGAUCCCAUCAACUUGGGAUUACAGUACUACUAUCUAACAAGUCCAUUAGCACUCUCAUUUGGCGCAGUGGCGUAGUCAUGAAUUUCGCUAAGAUGAGUUCAGUGAUGGUAUAGGUCGUCUAUGUGAACGGCGAGUGACGAGUUAUAAUAAGCGGGCAAACCGAGCAUUCGACAGUCGGCAUAGUUAUUGGAUUUAGGUUAUGAUUUUGGGGGAAUUCCGUAAUCAUGGUCCGAUUAGAUCAGAAGACAAUGGGUUGGAUAAUUUGGGGACGAGCUUGUACUAGGGAUCGCGAGAUGGGUGAUAAAAGACCGGCGAUGUCAUGUUUCUUGAUUUGAUGUAGAUACUAGGGUACCGUUGAUCAUGAGUAAAUAAAUUAGAUGCUAAAAUGUAAUUGUUAAAUGACUCAUAGCCGAAGUAGUAUAGCGAGACCGAAUCCAAAGGAAUGAUGACCUGAACUAAAGAGAAGUCGAGGUGGCCAAGUUAGGCGGCUCAAGCUAAACGGCUUGAUUAAGCUAGUGAUUAUAACUAAAUUGUCGAGCUAGUUAUUAAUUAAUUAACGAUUGCAACUAAAACCCUUUCUUAAUUCAUAUAUAGCUCAAUCAAACUGAACUGUGUACGCCUUGUGUUCUUUCAUGAGUUCAUGACGAGCUUUGCUCUAGGUUUGAGGUAAUAAUUAUUAAUAAAAAAAGAGGAUACGACAAAUCAUCAGUACGUAGAGGGGAAGCAACAAUUAAAACAAAUUAAUGAAAUGGGAGCCACGUGUGAAUAUAAAAUAAAAAAUAAAAACCCUGUGUGUUGGGGAAACUUGUAGCUUGAGAUAAUCUUGCAAUUAGUAUAAUAUAAUGGUUGUGAUUAUGGCUCUUCAUUUGGGUUGGUUAACCAGAUCAUUAAGCAUGAAAAAUCAAAUAAGAGAAAUUCUCAAAAGUGAAAACCACAACCAUUAUGGAUUUUAUUGGUUCGGGCUAGCCAAAACAUGAUAAGAUUCUUAACCGUUUCGGUUUGGUUAAUCAAAAAAACCAAAUACCAAGGAUAAAAUCCAUGAGACUAACUAGCUAGGACAUGUCAUAAUUAGAUAUUUUUGUUUUACAAUUUUAAGUAAAAUUAGAUGUAAUUUUAAAAAAUAUAAGUCGAAAUUGUUAUUCCUACUCAUCAUGCAGAUUGCGGAGACAUCCAAUAAUUAGUCCAAUACAUUCUGUCUCAAAUUCGAUAUUUUGGGGCAGAUGGGCUUUUCGAAGCCUUGGUCUGAAGCCUGUGCUAAGAAAAUGGGCCUUAUUUCUGUAAUUGAAAAUGGGCUUUUGCAAGACUCACUGGACCAGAAUGAACAUGAAACCCAAUUCUCUGCCCUUUCUCGAUUACUAUAAAUAGACAAGAGUCAAGACAAAGAGCUUCCAUAGUGAGCUUGUCAUUUCAAACUUUAUGCAAUUUAACUCAAUUUUAUUUAAUUGCACAUACAAUCUUACAUCAAUAUAAUUAAUUUGCAAUUGUAUAUAUAUGUGUUUAAGUGACUUUAUAAUAAAUAAAAAUUAAUGAAGGAAGGAGUAUAAAAUAAAUUAUCAAUUUUUCUUUUCAUAUAUGUAGGUGUAGCUUGCAUCUUCAAUUUUAUUUAAUGCAAGUUUGCACCUUAGCAAGCGCCCACUACAAUGGUGCAAUCACCUUUGCAAUUGCAUUUUGAGUGUGCUAUGGAGGAUUUGCAAUUAGCAAAUACCAAUGGGGAUGCUGCUAAGAAUGUUGGGUUCAAGUCAAGGCGGUAUAUUCUUCUCUAUGUUAGCUUCAAUUGCGGUUCAUCAGGUGUAUGUUGUUUAUGAAUACGACGGAUAAGGUCUCUGUCUAGUGGUAUUAUCACCGGAUUUAAACCUGUAGUUUCUACGUUCGAAUCCUUUAAAUAACACAAUGACUAAAUAUAUUAUCCCUAUAAAAAAAGUUAAAUACGAUACACUCACCCAUCACUUAGAGUUCCUGUUAUCGACAUAUAGUCUAGUCUUGAAGAUUUUCGGUGAUUAAUACAAUGCACAAGAAAUGAAUCGACCUAUACCCAGAUUAAAUAUGGAAGCAAAUCUCAUAUACACUCUUAUCUGUCCGACGAUUACCCACCUCAUAUAUAAAUUCACUCGUAGCCUACCCAUAAUCGAAUGAGUUGAUCAAGGGAACACGAUAAGAGUACUUUUAAGUGGAAACUUUUAUAUUCACUGUUGCCAUGUGUACUGAUGUUUAUGAUAAGUAAGUGACUUAAACUCCCAUGAUUUGCACAAUCGAUAGUGAAGGCAGUACGAAGAAAGAACAAAAGAGAAAUCGACUAGAUAAGAAGGACCAACCACUCAGAGCUAAACACCAUCAAAGUGAAGAAGAAGAAGAAGAAGAAGAAGACAGCUGAAAAAACCAUCACAAAGCUUUGGAUGAGACUUGAGAGACGGGCGUCGUGUGCGUAUAGGGUGCUUUGUUUCGAGUCCAGAGUUUCCUCUCAUUGGAAGGCCGUACAAGGUAGAAAUAGAAUACUGGAGAUUGAACUGUAAAAGUGUGGUAUACGAUCCAUCAUAAUUUUCUCUCAACAACUUGAGUUAUUGGUACCAACUGGUUUAUGACAUGGUAUCAGAGCUGAUUUGAUCAAGUGGUUGUGUGUUCGAAUCUCCACCAUUCCCAAUAUUAACAGUUGAUUAAAGCACAAGGUAUGAUAAGCCUGUGCAAACUUCAAGCCCAUGAGUUGACUUUCAUUUGAGGUCUAUAUUUUGAUCCUACAAGCUAUCUCAAUUAUGAAAAAAGCGAACCGAAAAUGAAUUUGUACCCAAUUGACUCUGACCUAAAUGGACCAAAUAUGCUUUAUCCCGACUUCCGUCAUCAAUUUUCUCUGAUUUUUGGUCCGAUCUUAUCUCGAUUCAAUCUGAUUAUUCUAGGCCAAAUCGACCGAUGGCCACCCUUAACAGUAAACGUUAAUGGGAAGCAUCGUUCUUUGCAGCCUUUCACUGAAGAUCAGUGGUAUCAGAAUCAUGUUUGAGUCUCAUAUUUGGCUAUCUCACAACAAGACAACGUAACCGGCCAUCUCAUAUAAUCUGGCCAGCUACGACACAACUUGGUCUUCAACUUUCGCACCAUCCCUUUCUCUCCUACGAAAAACGAAAUGCAGCUGUCGCAAGCUUUAUUUAAUUAACUUCAGGGCUUGAUGGCAAUGGCAUUGAAUAGGAUUCUUGCUCUGCUAAUAAACCUUCUUCAAGUGUCAUCUUCUUUCUGUUCUGUCAAUUUAUUCUGUUUUGGCAAGUUCCUCGAUUGAUUCCACUACAGCCAAUGGGAAUCCAAUUGUGUAUUUCCUAGCAAAUACCAACAUAUCAAUGUUGUUUAUUUGUUGACAAAGUCAUUAAAUUAGAAAGAAAAAAAAAACAUGUAAAUUUGUAAUGCACAGUAUGUAAUCUUGAAUGAAUCAGGUGUUAACAGAGUAGAAACUAUACUUUUCCUCUGUUUGUCUCGAAAUGUUUUGGAUGGGUAUUAUUUCGAUUUGUAAGCAACAAGAAACCACUUGAUAUUUAGAUUUUUAUUAUGUUUGUAUCAUCUCGUUCGGUCUUAUUUCGACAUGUUAAUUUGUACUCAAAACACCCUAUUUAAAUUAUAGAUACACGUAUCUAUCGUUAAUCGUGAUUUACCUUACUCCAUUGUAUACACAGUAGUUUGGUUUCCAAUCGGAUUCGUGUAACCUCUCUCAGCGUUAUGAAAGGUUAUGUGUUCAAAUCGCCUCAAUGGUGUUUCUCGUCUCAUGUAUUGAUGUAUUUGUUCAAUCUUGUCACCUUAACAAUCGUCACGGAAUUUAGUCUUACCAUUCCACAAUUCGUUACUAUGGUCACACAAUUUACGUACCAAUCAAUUCAAAGGUGUUGCAUGGCUCACACGUCAUUAUAAACCCUAAAAAUCAAAGACGAAACUUGACCCAUGCAGAAACGAACACUGGAUAUUAGAGGGCCUGGGUGGGAAUAAACAAGAAUAUCUCGAUCGUCGUCGGAAAUUUACGAUCCUACCCCCCUCUUCCUCUCCAGAGCAAAAAAAAAAAAAAAAAAGACAGAAUGGGCAAACUCCAGCUGGGCUCCACAAAAGUCUGGACGGAGGAGAUGGCGAUGGAUCGCGACCCGAGAGCCCAUAGCUCACCGUUAAUAAAAAAAUCGAGCUGAUGGGCUCCACGUAUCGUCUCCUGUGGGCCCAGUGGAGAUGAGGCCAACCAGGCCCCGAGCCCAGCCGUGAACCGUCCACAACAAAUCUCGCAAUUUGCAACUAAUAAAUCGUGUUGCGAUCCGACGUUUACACACUACGGGAGAAACUUACCGACGACCCAGCCGCCAGGAAAGAAAAAAAAAAAAACGCCUGUGGUUUUGUAAUCACUGAAAACGACAAUACAAGAUUCACGGCGUACGCGCCGUCAGUUGAGGCGGAGCGUUAGGAUCUGACUGCCGGCCGGCCGGGGGAAACGUUCCUCUCCGAGGUCACGUGACCAAGCGCUCUGAUUAUUGUUUUUACUAUUAGUAUUACACGUGGAAGAGGCCAAUUCCAUAAUGUAAGGUCGCGUUUGGUGGUCUUUAAUAUGGUUGGUGUAAUGUAAAAUCUCCCCGAAUCAUAUUAUGCUACGUCGAAUCAAACUAAUUGAUAAAAUUAUUUGAUUUAUAACGCGAAUUCACUAAUCAAAUUAUAAUGAAUGACUGAAAAUGUA